AUGAACCACUUAAUUGAGCCAGCUCUUGCACAUGUCGAAGACAUUUUGAGCGUUGAGCAAAUAUCGGAAGAUCUUUUUAAACUUUCCCUUACGAAAUGUAACAGACUCCGCCUCUUCUCGGAAGCCAUAGAGCGCUUAGAGUCUAGUAGGGAAGUGGCGAGCCUCGUUAUGAGGAACCUUCAAAAAUGGGCACCUGACGUUGCUAAAAAGUUCUCUCGGCGCACAUCGGAUGUCAUCCUCAAUACACCGUUUCGCUUAAUUUGUUCAAGUUCGAUUGGCGUCCCGCUCGAUAACCAGUUUGUUAUUAGACAGUACCUGGCCGUCAGCUACAGUUGGCACAGUCCCGAGUGGCCCGGAACCCCUCACUCGGCUCCAGAGCCUGGUGGGAUCUGGCCUAUAGGCAAGCGCUUUUCGCAAGCAAUCCUUCAGCUUCGGGGGAGUCCACGCGAAGGGAUUUGGAUGGACCAGAUUUGUAUCAACCAGCGUGAUGAAAGCGAAAAGCAGCGGUCAAUCGCAUUCAUGGAUAUUGUCUACAAGACUUGCCGAAAACUGGUAGUUCUCCUGGAGGAUGUCGAACUCACCGAUGAUGAGGCCUUGGUAUGCGAAAAGUAUGCCAAGAUGAAAACACCACAUGCUUUCGAUCAGCAGCCUCAAAACGCCCGAGAAGCUGAGCUCCUAGUUUCAUUAUACGACAAAAUAGCGGGAGCACGAUGGUGGCAGCGAGCGUGGUGCUUCCACGAGUUUGUCGUCGGGGAGCCGUGGAGCAUCAAGAGACAUCACGCAGUGCACAAUACUGUUUUUGUUCUUGGGUUGGGCGAGAAGGUUACUCUCACGAUUGAGUGGAUGGCUUUGCAUGCUAUCUUGAUUAAGGUCACCGUGCAGCUUCAGCACCACACGUUACAAAGCAAGCACCUCGACCCUAUCCUCUCCGGCUUCGAAAACCGAACAUCUCCACUUCUCGACAGUUAUGGUGGCGGGGAAGGGUCAACGAAGGCCAGCUUCAUGGCGCGGUUCAAUGCUGUGGCUGAAACGAACUGCUCAAUGCCUGGAGACAGAUUAUGUGUUUGUAUCAACCUCAUUGGCCUGGGUCUCGCGUACUUUCGCACAGAUGAACCAUCCCCAGAUGAAGUUUACUUCCUAUCAGUGCUGUUAGCGCUAGCGGCAGGGGAGACGAUACCGUUGUCAUUCUCGAAUAUGCAGCCUUUGAUGUUAGACGGAAGACAGUCAUGGUUGGCUCGUUCCAUCGGUUCAGCCGACACUACAAUUGGCAAGUUCACUCUUGGAAGUAUAAAAGGCCUGCAUUCAGUUUCUUUUGACCGGAUGGAAAUUGAUAUGGUGUUUCUGGGCCAUUCAAUCGAGGGAUGCACGGAAGCGGAAUUGCUCAAGACAUACGAAAUAUUUCCGAAUGUUAUUAAGAGCACGCCACCACCUCUCAAGGCAAACAUGCCUCAAAGACCUCGAUUUAGGCCAGAUGAAGACUUGGAUAAACCUCGUCGAAACUUCCUAGCGGCUGUUGUAUCUGGCGGUCUAUGCUUGGCGGAGCGCCUGUGGAUCCAACUCCAACGUGAGGUGGUAGAUUAUAACUAUAACACGGGGUAUUUUGCAGAUUUUACUGCUAAUCAGGACCUUCGACCUCAAGCUGAUCAAUUCUUGCUGGCUCUUGGCAAAAAAAAGCCUUUGCCUCUUGCAGAUGCACAGGGAUUCACAAUUGAUGCAGCGCUAGCUUUCAUUACUUGGAUAACGGAUCCACGAUCCAUUUACUGGAUUUCAUCUCUUGUUGCUCGCAUUACGUGCACUCGAGAUGGGGGGCAGGCUUUACUUACUGGGUUCAUUCUAGCAGAUGAUUUUGCCAAGCUAGGUGCCGAGGUGGAUAUGCGAGUGGCAGUCCCUGCAGACCUGCUUGAUGGCAACUGUGCUUGGACUAGGGCAUGGUUCCUUGUGCCAGAUUUUCAGGAGAAAAGAAGUGCUUGGAGGAUCGUUGGAAAAGCCUUACUUCUUGGUGAACCUGAUUCUCUAAAGGAAAUACAAAUGUCUGAGGCCUACGAAGAAUUUGACGGUACACUAAAACUAUGCAAAAAGCAGACAAUUGUGGGUUAA